UGGAGACGCUGCAUGUCUGCGGAAAACGGAUGUUGCGUAGCUGGAGGACGCUAAAGUUUUGAACCGUUUUGAGCGGCGGAAUCAGUGCUCAGGGGACGCCGCUUUUUGGUUAAGUUUUUACAUGUUCACUAACAGUGUGCCCUGUUUUAGCGCGUUCUCGUUCUGCUCGUGAAAGCCAAACGAAACCGUAAGAGAGGAAAGGACGAGCGUUACGUUUGCUCGCUUUAGCUCGGCUAACGAUCACCAUGAGCAAAUAUGAGCUGUCAUCGGAGAGACUGGACACUGAGUUUGACCAUUUUCUGCUGGACAUGAAGCCAUAUGUCCUCAAACACCCAAGCAAGACAGAGCGUCAGCGCUGUGCCCAAUGGAUAAAGAAGCUGUGCGACCCAGCCACAUGUGGUUCAGGUCUGAUUGGUCGCAAGAACCGCAACAUGUAUGCCCGUUUGCUCCUUCAGAUGCUCAAAAGAGGGGUCCUGGAUGGGCCUUUCACCAGCAAACCAGAGCCAGGAAGCCUUAAAACACUUCCUACAUACAUGUCCAUCUACUUUGAUGAGCCACUGAGCAGCCUGAGUGUGGAGCACGGUGUUAGAAGCCUGCCCGACUGGGUGACGGGGGAGCUGAGUGGCUGUUCUGAUGACAGUUUAACAAUGGAUCUGUUUAAGGACAAACCCAGUUCUACACCUGUUAAAGAUCAUCACAGGAGAAGGCCAUAUGAGGAUAGGGCAGCAUCACGACCCGUGUCUUCCAGUCCACUGAGACAAUCACCCAGACAAGCUACAAGAAUGGUGGAUGGGGAGCCAAACCAUAUAUCUCCCGAUGACAGUGACUUGGAGGCUCGUCUCAACAGCUGGAACCUGGGGAUUGAGAAGCCAAGGUAUUUGCGAGAGGAGCCCGUUCCCUUGUCACCAAUUUUCAAGUCAAGCUUUGGGGGGAAGAGUAACUUGGCCAGUGAUCAGGGUGCACAACUGUUACAGAGCAAAGAGACCGAGAUGAAGAUCAAAGUGUUGGAGGCCAAGCAUCAGGAGGAAAAACUGAAGAUGCAGCAGAGACACGAUGCAGAGGUUGAGAAAAUUCUGGACCGAAAAAAUGGUGAGAUUGAGGAGAUGAAGAGCCUUCACCGGACCAAGCAGAAAGAAUCAGAGGAGACCAUCCGUAAGCUGGAGAAGAAAGUUCAAAGCGUGCUGCGAGAAUCCCAGGUCAUCUGCGAGAGCAAAGAGAAGCAGAUUGCAGAGCUGAAGAAGAUGUCGGAUCAGAGCGCCGACUGUUUAAAAAACGAGUGGGAGAAGAAGCUGCAUGCUGCCGUGACAGAGAUGGAGCAGGAGAAGUUUGAAUUGCAGAAGAAACACACACAGAAUAUCCAGGAACUGCUGGAGGACACCAACAUCCGACUGGCUAAGAUGGAGUCUGACUAUAAUGCACGGUCACAAGCAACUGAGCAAACGAUGAGAGAGCUCGAGCUCCGGGUGAAACAGCAGUCAGCAGAAGGGGAGAAGGGCAACACGCUGCGUCAGAAAGUGACACAGGAGAAGGCUGAGCUGGAGAUCCACAUUGCAUCUAUCAGCACUGAACUCCAGGAGGCCAACAGACGGAUUAUGAUCCUGCAGAAGGAGAAGGAGGAGCUGAGCGAGCAGCAUGAGCAGGCCACGCAGAAGCUCCAAGUCAAGUACGAGACCGACUUGAGCCACUUGCACCAUGAGCAUGCUCUCUCCGCUGCUAAGGCCUCUGAGGUGAUGGCAGAUUUAGAGAAAACUGUGGCUCAGAUCAAACAGCAGCUCGAGGACAGUGAACAUCGAAGACACCAACAAGUCAGGGAUCAAGAGAUGAAGUUUCAGCAGGAAAAAGAUGAACUGCUGAUCAGCUGUGAGAAAAAGGUUUUGGCACUUCAAACUGAGGCAGAGAAGGAAAAGGCAGAGGCUAAAAGGAAGAUAGCCAAACUGGAAGAAGCACUCAGGGAGAAGGAGAGCCAGCUGGACAGAGCCAGGGAGAGCCAAAGACAGCACAUCCAGCAGGCAGAUAUGGCGCUGGAGCAGUUCAAGAAACAGGUGGAGCUCAGCUCUGAGAAGGCCUACGCUGACAUGAAACUGCAGAUGGAGAAGGUAGAGGAGGACCUGAAGCGCUCCAGGUCCCUCAGGGAGAAGCAGGCCAAAGAGUUCUCGCAGCAACUCGACGACCUCAGACAGAAGUUCGAGCAGCAGAUGGCUGAGCAGCGCAUGCAGCACGAGCAGGAGAGGACGCGGCUACAGCAGCAGCACAGCGCGGAAAAGGACAGCCUGGUCCAGGAGCACCAGCGGGAGGCGAGCAGCCUGGAGAGGCAGGCCAGGGCCGUCCUACAACAGCACCAGCAGCACACCCAGGAGUGGAGGAAGCGCGAUGCCCAGACAAUUGCAGAUUUGGAGGCCCAGUUGUCAGAGCUACGUGAGGACCUCAAGAAGGCCCAUGCCCAGCAUAAGCAGCAGCUGGCCGAGAUGGCGUUGCUCCAGGAGGAGGAAAAGCAAAGAGCAACCCUGGACAAGCAGGCAUCCCUGGACCGGCUCGAGAGAAACCACCAGCAGGAGAAGGAUGCUGCACAUGAGAAGACCAACAGCAGGCUGAAGCAGAUUGAGAGGGAGUACAGUCAGAAGCUUGCCAAAUCUGCCCAGCUAAUUGCGGAGCUACAGACGUCUGUAUGUGACUCAAAGGAGGAGGCGAUACGUCUGCAGACGGCAAUGGAGAAGCAGCUAAAAGAGGCCAGUGCUCGCUGGGAAGAGGAAAGAAAGACAGUAACCCACCGUGCCGAUCAGACCCACAAGGCUCUGCAGGAAAAGGUGGAAAGUCUACAGAGACAGCUGCACUUGGCAGAGAAGAAUCUGCUAAGCAAAGAGCUGGAGACUGAAGAGAAGGUAACCAUGGUGCAUAAGGAGUAUGAGGAGAAGAUCAAAGGUCUGAUGCCGGUGGAGCUCAGGCAGGAGCUGGAGGACACAAUCAGCUCACUGAAAGCUCAGGUUAACUUCCUUCAGAUGAGAGCCUCUUUGCUACAGGAAGACCUGGAUGCCUGUCGCAGCAGCAGGUAACAGCACGGUAACGUCAGGCUGAUCUUCCGCCCGGACAUGAAGGACGGCGUCGCCGAUCAGGUGUGAGCUCUGUUGGCUGUUACGAGUAUUUCACACACCUGCCACGCCAUCUUUUACUUUGAAAGACUGUUUUUCUUUCUCCAUUGGUUUAAC